AUGUUGCAAACUCUUUCCACUUUCUUGAUUUUAAUACUUUCUCAGCUCGUUAUGAAUGACCAGCCAUCGUCGUCCUCUACUUCGUGGGCAAAUACAGGUCUGGUGGAUCCUUGGGCGUCACCAACUUCAACGGAGCAGCAGACCACCUCAGCUACGCUCUACCCGAGCGGUCAACUGGACAAUGAUCCUUGGAUGCCAUGUACAAGAACGGAAGUGCUAACAGGGGAUUCAAGCCUGCCUGGAUCGACAAGGAUUGAUGUUGCUUCAGACCAAUUUUCGGCAUGGGGCAAGCAGCCUGAACAACCCCUCAACACUGUUGCAAUGUCAACGAAAUCAUCUAAUGGUGUGGGUUCAUUAGCAGUUUCUACUACUCGUGGAGCACCAGAGACUUUUCUUGGAGAAAAUAGGAAUCUGGUGAAUUUGGAUAACCUCCUUGGUUUAUCUUCGACUGAUUCUGCAUGUGUGAAUCCAUUUCUUCUUAGUUCUGCUACAUCGACGGCAAAACCUUUUGCCUUGCAGCAGCGAAAAUCUCCGACACUGAAUGAGAUGCGAGCAGCUCAAGCUUCUGUGGCUCCUCCUAUCCCACCAACUGGCCCUCGUGUCGAAGCACUCUCUCACUCAGUCGAACCAUCGCAAGCCCCCAAUCCCUUUGCUACUCCAUUUUAG